UCCUUUAUCCAGACCAACAAACACACCAUAGGAGCUUUGUGGAUUCAAAGGAUUUGCUUUCCCCUCUCAAAGAGCCGCUAUUCUUUGAUGAUUGGGCAGCGGCAAACUUCAAAGUAAUAAAUCUUAUUUCUGACUGGCUGGCGGCCCACCAAAGUCCUUAUCAAAUUCUAAGAAGUGAUCCCUCACUCUUCAGAUAGAGCAAGGAGAUCUCAGAGAGAGGAGGCACCGAGGAGUGAAGGAAGAGCUGCUCGACGCGAUAUUUUUACUGCGAAUGUUCACAUUUAUCUGAAUUAGCGUUGUUAUUCUGUAUUUCAUCGAGAGGGAGGAGGACGUUUACCAUGGCAGCAGUGGCUGUACUGCGGAAUGAAACACUCCAGGCUUUUCUCCAGGAUCGCACUCCGAACUCUUCUCCAGAGAACUGUAAGCACUCUCCGCUGGCUCUCCUGGCUGCCACUUGUAACCGGAUCGGGCAUCACCACGGAUCCAACCCCACAGAUUUCCUCCAGGUUCCUUACGACCCGACCCUGGGCUCCCCAUCGCGCUUAUUUCACCCGUGGACUAACGAGGGAAACCAUCAGAGCAGCUUGGCCAGCAACUCUACUUUCGGACUAUCCUCAAAGCCCCAGCUGUCUGCGCACAUCCAGAGCUCGUUCAGCUCGCACCACGAACUACCCCUCACCCCUCCGGCGGACCCCUCGUACCCCUAUGACUUCUCCCCCGUGAAGAUGUUACCUUGCUCCAUGCAGUCUCUGCAGUCCACCUGCCCUCCCACUUACGUCCCCGCUGUCAGUUACGCAGCGCCAACUCCCAUCCCUCCCGCGAUGCCAACUUUUGUCACAGGACACUCCGGCCUUGUGCACCACCAGCAGCAGAGACAGUUGUCCCCAAACCCUGGAGAGGAUAUCCCGUGGUGGAGCCUUCAGCAGGGGAACCAUGUCACCCACUCUACGUCCCUUGGUCAUCAUCGCUUCCAGCUGCAGAGGGGCUUGGUUCUGGGACAUACGGACUUUGCGCAAUACCAAACGCAGAUCGCGGCUCUGCUGCACACAAAGUCCCCCCUCGCCACUGCGCGACGGUGCAGGAGGUGCAGGUGUCCGAACUGCCAGUCCUCCACGUCCAGCGACGAGCCUGGCAAGAAGAAGCAGCACAUUUGUCACAUACCGGGCUGCGGGAAAGUUUAUGGGAAAACUUCUCACCUCAAAGCGCACCUGAGGUGGCACUCUGGGGAGCGGCCGUUUGUGUGCAACUGGCUCUUCUGUGGGAAGAGCUUCACCAGGUCGGACGAGCUGCAGAGACACCUGAGGACUCACACUGGGGAGAAGCGCUUUGUAUGCCCAGACUGCUGCAAGAGGUUCAUGAGGAGUGACCACUUGGCAAAACAUGUGAAAACUCACCAGAACAAAAAAAGCAAGUGCCACGACAAGACACUCGACCACGUGAAAAGGGAGGACACGAGGAAUAUGUUGUAACACACCUUGUUGUCGUUUUAACAGUAGAUAUCACAUUAGUGCAAUACAGUCAGUCCUACAUUAGUGCACAGUGAGCUGCGUUUUCUUCCUUUACUGUUCAGUUUGUUGGUUUAUUUCACACCCUGACAAUAGUUUCUAACAUUGCUGGUCUGUGUAGCACAUUUGUGUAUAUAUAGGUAUAAAACGUUUCAUAAGUUCAUUUGGGACCAUGGAGAAGUUAUAGCUCAUAAGUUUGAAUUCACUGUCUAUAUCAUAUCAAGGAGACAAGUUUUCAACUUGUGUUUUGGUCAUUGUCUUCGGUGGAAGAUUUCGCUCCCCUGUAAAUUCUAUUUAAUAGCUUUUGUUGAAUGAAAGUGUCCGUUUUUUGCUCCAUAUGGGGUGUUUUAAAGCAUGCUCUUGAAAAGAUCUGCUAUUGUUGAUAUGACCCAAAUACUGUGUGAGAAUAAAGAUUAUAACAUUUUCCUCAA